AUGCCGCCAGAUCCGCCCACGUCGCCCGACGUGAAACUCUCCCGCUACACUUAUCGCCAGUUGCAACUACUACGGCAGGGCUCGACAGCGACGCCAUUACGCGCGAUUGCGCACAUCGACCUCGAUGCCUUCUACGCCCAAUGCGAGAUGGUGCGCUUGGGUACCCCGCGGGACACGCCUCUCGCGGUGCGCCAGUGGGAUUCCCUGAUCGCUGUCAAUUAUGCCGCGCGGCCAUCGGGGAUCAAUCGAAUGGUCACCGCCGCCGAGGCCCGGAAGCUCUGCCCCAAUAUCGUCCUGCAGCAUAAUAUCAAGACGGACAAAGUAUCCCUGGAUCCAUAUCGGGCAGAGUCACGCAAGAUCCUCAAGACGAUGAAGGAGAGCCUCGACCAGUGGGGGGCAGAUGCGACAGAAGUCGAGCUUCAACGUCAGAUGCAGGGGCUUUCAGCGGGCUUGGAAAAGGCCAGCAUCGACGAGGUCUUCAUCGAUCUGUCCCCUCUGGUCUUCGGCGCCUUGCUACAGAGAUACCCCGAGCUCCGAGCCGGUCUGCAAGAUGAGAACCGAGACGCAGAACUGCCCCGACCACCCACUACUGCACUGCCGUGGAACCAUGAGGAUUGUCUGGUUGACUUGGAUCUGCAGGAGUCGGAGGAGGACGAUCCAGACUGGGAUGAUAUUGUCAUGCUGCUGGGGGCAGAAAUUGUGCGGUCGGUUCGGAAUGCCGUGUGGGAGAAAUUGAACUAUACUUGCUCUGCGGGCAUUGCGCGCAACAAGAUGCUGGCAAAGCUGGGAAGCUCGUGCAACAAACCCAACAAGCAAACCGUGGUGCGAAACCGGGCCGUGCAGCAUUUUCUCGGGGGUUACAAAUUUACCCAGAUCCGAAUGCUUGGCGGCAAGUUGGGGGAUCAGAUCACUGCGUUUUUCGGAACAGAGCAAGUAAGCGAACUGCUCAACGUGCCCCUGGAGCAGUUGCGGACUAGGCUGGACGACCACACAGCAACUUGGCUGUAUGCGAUUAUCCGUGGAGACGACCGCAGUGAGGUCAAUCCCCGGACACAGAUCAAGUCCAUGCUGUCUGCCAAGUCCUUCCGGCCCAGCAUUGAGUCGAUGGACCAAGCCGAGAAGUGGCUCCAUAUCUUUGCGGCGGACAUUUACGGUCGUCUUGUGGAGGAUGGCGUGCUUGAAAAUAGACGUCGUCCCCGGGUCAUCACACUGCACCAUCGAACGGCGCAGUCUCGAUCUCGCCAGAUCCCAAUCCCCGCGUCGAAUGCGAUUGACGAGAAUAUGUUGUUCGAUCUCGCCAGGAAUCUGCUUCGGCAGGUUGUCGCGGAGGGUCAGACAUGGCCCUGUUCGAAUUUAUCCUUGAGCGUGGGCAGCUUCGAAGACGGCGUGGGCAAAAACAAGGCAAUCGAGGGGUUUCUGGUUCGAGGAGACCAAGCAAAGUCUCUCGACCAGUUGACAACACCUCGAGAGACCAUAGAACCACCCCCUGCUGAGAAGAAAAGGAAGGUUGAUGACGGCGACAUCAAGCGAUUCUUUGCUAUGCCGUCUCAUGCUGAUAGUUCCACCCCGGACGAACCGGAAAGUAGAACACUUCAGCCAGAACCAGAGCCAGCCUCUCCUACAAAGAUUCUGACUGGGGAAGCCUCCAGUGAUGGUCAGUUCGAGUCCACCGUGCCACAAUUCAUAUGCAGCCGGUGCUCCAAGUCGUUUCCUGAACAUGACAAGGCCGAGCAUGACGAUUGGCACUUUGCCAAAGACUUGGCAAUCCAAGAUCGCCAAGACGCGAGGAAUACGCAGAAUAACCAGCCGCUGCCACGCACCAGUAGUCCUCGGGCCUCGAGUGUCCGUGGCAGGGGUGGCAGAGGUGGUCGGGGCAAACCCGAGAAAGGACAAAGACGACUAGCAUUCUAA